CUUAGGGCAAAGCCCGUGGGCUGCCCACUUGUCCGCCGCACGCCGGAGGUGCCUGGCCGCCCCGCAGCCAACGUGACAGCUGCUGGCAGAGGCCCGCGGUGCUGGCAGCAGCCGCCGCCGCGAAAGACGCGCUCGGGUCGCACCCAGGGUCCCGGGUUCGUGGGAGCAACUCGCCACAGCGUCGGAAGGUUAAGCUGAAACCGCUGCUCAGCUCCCGAGAUGCUGCCACCCAAAUUGCAUGCGCUCUUCUGCCUCUGCAGCUGCCUCACCCUGGUUCAUCCUUUUGACUGGCAAGACGUAAAUCCUGUUGCCCAUGUUAAACCAGCAGCACGGAUCAAUAAAAUACAAGCUAUGAUGGCUGCUGCAAUCAUGGGCCAGACUAAAAUCCCCAAAGGAAGUGGACCUUACCCAGUCGGUUGUACAGAUUUGAUGUCUGAAUAUACUAAACAGAGCACCUUCUUGCGUCUGUAUUAUCCAUCCCAAGAGAAUGAUCACCCUGACACCGUGUGGAUCCCAAACAAGGAAUAUUUUUAUGGUCUUAGUAAAUUUCUUGGAACACACUGGCUUAUGGGCAACGUUUUGAGUUUCUUAUUUGGUUCAAAAACCACGCCUGCAAGCUGGAAUGCUCCAGUGAGGACUGGUGAAAAAUACCCACUGAUUAUUUUAUCUCAUGGUCUUGGAGCAUUGAGGACAAUUUAUUCUGCAAUUGGCAAUGACCUGGCAUCUCAUGGGUUUAUAGUUGCUACUGUAGAACACAGAGAUGGAUCCGCCUCUGCAACGUACUAUUUCAAUGACCAGUCUGAUGCAGAAAUAGGGAACAAGUCGUGGCUCUAUCUCAGAAUCCCACAACAAGGGGAGAAUGAGGUGCUUCUACGAAAUUCGCAGGUGCAACAAAGAGCAAAGGAGUGUUCCCAGGCUCUCGAUGUGAUGCUUUCUGGAACACCGGUGAAGAAUGUAUUAGACUUAGAGUUCGAUAUACAACAGCUGCGGGACUCCAUCGAUAGAGAUAAAAUAGCAGUAAUGGGACAUUCUUUUGGUGGAGCUACAGUUAUUCAGGCUCUUCAUGAUGACCGGAGAUUCAGGUGCGGUAUUGCCCUGGAUGCAUGGAUGCUGCCCCUGAAUGAUGAAAUAUAUUCCAAGUUUUCUCAGCCUCUCUUUUUUAUCAACUCUGAACGGUUCCAAUAUCCUGCUAAUAUCUUAAAAAUGAAAAAAUGCUAUGCACCUGGUAAAGAAAGAAAAAUGAUCACAAUCAGGGGUUCAGUCCAUCAGAAUUUUGCUGACUUCACUUUUGCAACUGGCAAAGCAGCUGGAUUCAUAUUCACACUAAAAGGAAAAAUAGAUUCAAAUAUAGCUAUUGAUCUUUCCAACAAAGCUUCAUUAGCAUUCUUACAAAAGCAUUUAGGACUUCAGAAAGAUUUUGAUAAAUGGGAUUAUUUGAUUGAAGGGAAAGAUGAUCACCUUAUUCCAGGGACCAAUGUUGACACAACCAACCACCAUGGUGCUCUACAGAACUCUUCAAGUGUAGAGGAAUAGAAUUUAGAUUAAAAGUGCUUUUUAAAAAGUCUUAUUUUAAAACUGUUUGAAAGUGUGUGUGUUGUAUGGCUAUACCAUAAUAGUGACUGAAAUUCGGAUUAAAUUUUUUCCCUUUAAAUAUAAAGGGAGACUACAUUAUGUAAAAAUCAUACCAGCCUAAAUUUUACUUUUUACUAAGUGAUCCUUUUUUAGUAUCAAGUUAAUAACUGUUUUUACAUUACAUUAAUGAACAAGGAUAUUAAAACAGGCACAAUGCCAAUAAAAAAAUGUUAUAAGGACAUAACACUCCCUAAAAAAAUAAAAAGAUAUUUUCUUGCC